AUGGAGAUAGCACACAACACUACCGAAUUUUUCAUGCUGGGACUCUCACAGAACCCAGAGGUACAGAGAGUUCUCUUGGUGAUCUUUUUGGCUACGUAUAUGAUCACAGUGUGUGGCAACAUGCUCAUUGUGGUCACUGUCACCUCCAGCCCCACCCUGGUUUCCCCUAUGUAUUUUUUCUUGGCCAACCUGUCCUUUAUUGACACUUGUUAUUCUUCAUCCAUGGCUCCCAAACUCAUUGCUGAUUCUUUGUAUGAGGGAAGUACUAUCUCUUAUGAAGGCUGCAUGGCUCAACUUUUUGGAGCCCAUUUUUUGGGAGGUGUUGAGAUCAUCCUGCUCACGGUGAUGGCCUAUGACCGCUACGUGGCCAUCUGUAAGCCCUUGCACUACACAGCCAUCAUGACCAGGCAUCUCUGUGCCAUGCUAGUGGGGGUGGCUUGGCUGGGGGGCUUCCUGCACUCCCUGAUUCAGCUCCUCCUGGUCCUUCAGUUGCCCUUCUGUGGACCCAAUGUGAUCGAUCACUUUGUCUGUGACUUGUACCCUUUGCUGGAACUCGCUUGCACCAACACGUUCGUCAUUGGUCUGCUGGUGGUGGCCAACAGUGGUGUGAUCUGCCUGUUGAACUUCUUCAUGCUGGCUGCCUCCUACAUUGUCAUCCUGCGCUCCUUGAGGUCCCACAGUGCAGAGGGGAGACGGAAAGCCCUCUCCACCUGUGGGGCUCACUUCACUGUUGUUGCCUUGUUCUUCGUCCCAUGUAUAUUUACUUACAUGCGCCCAUCAUAUACUUUAUCUAUGGACAAAAACAUGGCAGUAUUUUAUGGUAUUCUGACACCUAUGCUGAACCCACUAAUUUAUACUCUGAGAAAUGAGGAGGUAAAAAAUGCCAUGAGAAAGCUCUUAUGCAGAUGA